AUGACAAGUCGCUUCAGCCAAGGAACAGUAGAGAUACUCGAUAAAAAUGACAAGUCUCCUUCAAGUUCAUGCACAUUGCCAAGAGUUCUAGCUGUGUUUCUGGGUUUUUUCAUAAUUACUACUGUAGUCUUUGCCACGUUCUACGGUAUCGAGAAAAAUAAACGAAUUCAAGACGUAAUAGCAUCAUCCACGGCUACCACUGCAUCGACGACGACUACCACAACACCGGAUGCUAAGCAAGAUUUAUGUCUGACUCCAUACUGUAUCAAAGCAGCUGAUUAUUUAAUCGAAAGUAUUGAUGAGUCUAUAAAUCCUUGUGAGGAUUUCUUCCACUUCGUUUGCGGAACAUGGAUUAAAAACACACGAAUACCGGAUGACGCUGGUGCUCAGAAUACGUUCAAUUUAUUACGGCAUGAACUGGAUUACAAUGUUGUCGAUUUACUAGCAACACCUCCAUCGAAUGGAACUGUAGAACCGGAAGCAGUUGUCAAUGCUCGACGUUUGUAUAAAUCAUGCACGAAUGAAACUGGCAUUGAAGCUGAUGGUGUCGAUGCUAUUAUCUCCUUAGUUAAUUCUGAAUUUGGCGGCUGGCCCAUUCUUCUCGGUUCAACAUGGGACGGAAGUACAUUUAAUUUAACAAAAAUUUUGAUUGUUCUUCGAAAGUAUAACAAUAAUCCGAUCUUUCGCGUGGGAACAUCCACGGACGAGAAAAACUCCUCGACAUACGACAUUGAAAUGGGACAAGGUGAUCUUGGCCUUGGCCAGAAACAAUAUUACAUGUCUGAAACACGGGUGACCAGCGCCUAUCGACAGCUGAUGACAGAUCUAGCGAAAAGCUUGACAAACGAUACAUCGGCGAUUGACCAAGACGUCAUCGACAUAUUCGAAUUUGAAAAAACGAUUGCAAUGUACCAUUGGACAACAUCCGAACAACACGCACGUGACAAUGAAACAGUUCGAACAACAGUCAACCGUUUGACAUCUUUAUUGAAUACAACUUUUGACUUCGACGAUUACGUUCGCCGUGCUUAUAUGCUCGGUGAAAUCACACUGGAUGGUACGGAAAUCGUUUCGGUUAGUGAAAUCGACUAUCUUUUGAAUGUGACGUCGAUUCUUGAACAAACGCCGGCACGUACGUUACAGAAUUAUAUUGUCUGGAGAUUUAUGAUGAAUCGUGCUGCGAACAUGCCUCAAAAUGUUCGGGUGCUCAAAGAACGAUUCGAUCGAAUCUUUCGAGGUACGUCAGCAGAACCAACACGUGCGAUUAUCUGCGGUAAUUAUGUCAAUGGCAAUAUGGGGUUUGCUGUUUCGAAAUUGUACAUUAAAAAGUAUUUUGAUGAACACGCACGCACUGAAUCAUUAGAAAUGAUCAAUAACAUUCGAACUGCGUUUAUUGGUAUGGUCAAUAAAUCGACUUGGAUGGAUAGAGAGUCACAGAACAAAGCUAUUGAAAAAGCCUUGGCAAUCGAUCAAAAGAUCGGCUAUCCGGAUUAUUUAGCAAGCGACAAUAAUACAAAACUAGAAGAAGAUUAUGCUGAAUACACAUUUAGUACAUCGUAUAUUAAUAAUGUUCUCAAAUUAUUACAAAUCAAAGCAAAAGAAAAUUUUCGUCUUCUUCGUGAACCGGUCGAUCAGAGAGCAUGGGGUGAUGAACCGCCUAGUGUAGUGAACGCCUUCUAUGAGCCCUCGAGAAAUCAAAUCACUUUCCCUGCUGGAAUCUUACAGAAACCGUUUUUCGACAAAGAUGCACCAAAAUAUCUAAAUUAUGGCGGGAUCGGAGUGGUUAUUGGACAUGAGAUUACACAUGGUUUCGAUGAUACGGGUCGACAGUUUGACAAAGAUGGAAAUCGCGUUCCCUGGUGGACAGAUGAAACAAUUCAGAAGUUUGUUAAACGAAAAUCAUGUAUUGUCAAUCAGUACAGUAAUUAUACGAUCGAACAAAUCAAUCAGAAAUCAAAGGGAGAACAAACACAAGGCGAAGAUAUUGCUGAUAAUGGUGGUUUACGAGAAGCUUAUUUUGCCUAUGAAAAAUGGGCAGAAAAGAACGUGAAUAGUGACAAGCGAUUACCUGGUUUACAAAAGUAUUCACCGGAACAAAUGUUCUUUAUCAAUUAUGCUCACACGUGGUGUACAAAAAUGACCGACGAAUACGCUCUGAAUCGACUUUUGACUGAUGUUCACUCUCUGGGACCAUUAAGAGCUGUCGGCCCAACGUCGAAUUUCGAUCAAUUUGAUCGUGCAUUCGGAUGUACGCCUGGUCAAAGCAAUAGCCGAGUGAACAAAUGUAUCGUUUGGUAA